AGAAAAUUAUUAGACUUUGCAUAGGAAGGUUUUUUUUUCGUAUUAGAUUUCUUUUUUUGCUAAUUAAAGAUGAGCAAAGUUUCCAAAUCGUGGAGCCUGAAGGUGGCGGCAUUCGUUGCCGUUUCGAGUCUUUUCACGCUCUUUGUGCUGGUGGCUGCCCAUUCGAUUGAUUUCUACUCGCCGGCAGAUGGCGUUGUGGAGCUGACUGGCUCGGACUUUGAGAGCAUGGUGCUGCAGGACGACGCCAUUUGGAUUGUACAAUUCUAUGCGCCCUGGUGCAGCCACUGCCAAGCCAUGCUGCCCGAAUACAAGCGGCUGGCCAAGGCGCUGAGGGGCGUCAUCAAGCUGGGCGCGGUCAACAGCGAGCGGCACACGGAGCUGACCGCCAAAUAUGAAAUACGCGGCUUUCCGCUUAUCAAAAUUUUCGGUGCUGACAAACAGAAGCCCACCGAUUUCUUUGGACCGCGCACAGCCCAGGCCAUGGCCGAGCUGGCUGUGGCCGAGGUCAAGAAGAAGGUAAAGGCGGCCUUUGGCGAGAGGCUGGACGUGGCCACAGACGCGGCCCGCAACAGCGUUUGCUCGGCGAGCGAAGUCACGGAGCUGCGGGCGGAUAAUUUUGAUAGGCUGGUGCUCAACUCGGCUGACAUUUGGCUGGUGGAGUUCUAUACGCCCUGGUGUCCGCACUGCAAGAAUCUGGCGGCCACCUGGAUCGAGGCGGCCAGGGAGCUCAAGGGCAAGAUCAAGCUGGGCGCCCUGGACGCCAGCGCCAACAAGCACAAGGCGGCCGAGCACAAUGUGCGCAGUUAUCCGACCAUCAAAUACUUUCCGGCCCAGUCGAAGCAGCCCGCCGACGCAGUCGUAUACACGGGCCAGCGCACUGCGGCGGCCAUCGUCAGCUGGGCCAACAGCAAGCCGGUGGCGCCCGCACCCAACGUGGCCGAGAUCACGGACGAGUCGAGUUUGUUCAAUGCCUGCGGCCACAGGUCCUGGUGCGUCAUCUCCGUGCUGCCCACGCUGCUCGAUUGCAAUGCCCGGUGCCGCAACAAAUUGCUCGGCACUUUGCGCGGACUGUGCGCCAAGUAUCCGGCGCAGCAGGGCUGGGGCUGGGUCUGGACCGAGGGCGGCCAGCAGCCGGCCCUGGAGAAGGGUUUGCGCGUGGGCGGCUUUGGCUAUCCGGCUCUGGUCGUGGUCAAUUGCCGUCGAAUGCGAUAUGCCGUCUUUAAGGGCUCGUUUUCGGAAGCUGCACUGGAUGAAUUUCUGGGCGAUAUUGUCAGGGGGCGUGGCAGAACUUCAACUGUUAACUGCGCCCAAAAGCCGCCCAUUCGCAGCGUUAUAGGCUGGGACGGGCAGGAUGCCGUCGCCGAGCGUUCAAUCACGGACGAGCUCUAAAGCUAUUUUUAUUAUUUAUUAUUUGUCAUGGUCAGUUAAUGUUGAAUUCGUGAAAGAACCGAUUCAGUUAGAUGUACUCCAAAAACUCAGCUUGAACUCUUUUUUGGCAUAAUUUGUCUAAAUUAUGAAAUAAAUUUCAUGUUCCGCAGAUUUAA